AUGACAACACCAACAGGAGGUGCAGCAGGAGUGACGCUGCCCACUCCCGACUAUGGCCAUGUGACAGACGAAGUAGCGCGGGAAACGGGUCGUCGCAAUCAGAUUGACAUUGAGACCUACCGGGGAGACUUGGCUGCCGCAUUCCCUCCUGAGCUACGAGGGCGCUUGGACGUCCUCCUCUUCAACCCACCCUACGUCGUGACUGAUACGGAAGAGAUUUCAACCACAAGUCUAGCUGCCACCUGGGCUGGCGGUGCACAUGGCCGUGAAGUGCUGGACCGCCUGUUACCAGAAAUUCCAUCUCUGCUCUCAGCUCGUGGGCGCUUCUAUCUGAUCGCUCUCAAGGAAAACCUGCGGCCAGAUACCCCAGAUGACCUUUUGGCCGCCAUUCCAGGCAUGCGGGGAGCGAUUGUUGUCUCUCGCAAAUGUGGACGAGAACGUCUCAACGUUGUGUGUUAUACCCGGACACCUUCAUCCUGA